CCCUCGCUUAUCCCUGAGAUGGAGCUCCACGGAUUGGUCCCGGGAGUCUCGGCGCGCGCCGACCGGCGCUCCAGGAUUGGCUGAGGAAGCGCUCGCGCAUUCCUGGAGCGUUGACGGUGAUUGGCCGUAGGGUGAGAGCCGGCUAUUUGAAGGAGGCGCGCGGACUAGAUACGCACUUCAGAUCGCGGUCAGAGGAGGCGGGAGCGGAUUUGGGCUAAGCUUCUCCGCUGACCCAACAGGACCCAGCCGCGGGCUCGGCCCCAGCUCUGGCCUCAGCCGCGACCCGACGAGGCGAUGGCUAAAGUGUCAGUAUUGAACGUGGCGGUGCUGGAGAAUCCGAGCCCUUUCCACAGCCCUUUCCGGUUCGAGAUCAGCUUUGAGUGCAAUGAGGCCCUGGCAGACGACCUGGAGUGGAAGAUCAUUUAUGUUGGCUCAGCCGAAAGCGAGGAGUUUGAUCAAAUCCUAGACUCAGUACUGGUUGGCCCCGUCCCGGCAGGGAGACACAUGUUCGUCUUUCAGGCGGAUGCCCCCAACCCAUCCCUCAUCCCGGAGACCGAUGCCGUGGGAGUGACCGUGGUCCUCAUCACCUGCACCUACCAUGGACAGGAGUUCAUCCGAGUCGGCUACUAUGUCAACAAUGAGUACCUCAGCCCCGAGCUGCGCGAGAACCCGCCCCUGAAACCAGACUUCUCUCAGCUCCAGCGGAACAUCUUGGCCUCAAACCCCCGGGUGACCCGCUUCCACAUCAACUGGGACAACAACAUGGACAGGCUGGAGGCCAUAGAGAACCAGGACUCCGCCCUGGGCUGCAGUCUCCCCCUCAGCUGCACCCCCAUCAAGGGCUUGGGUCUCCCCGGCUGCAUCCCGGGCCUCCUCCCUGAGAACUCCAUGGACUGCAUCUAACUGUGGGACUCCAAGGCCCUACUUGGGCCCAGCUGGGACCACGGCCAGUCUCUCCUGGCACAUCUGGAAGGGGCAGCCAGGCCUCCCGGAGAGCAUCGGGAAGGGCAUAUGGAGGACUUUGGGGCCAUCAGCUAUAUCCAGGCCAGUCACACUUGGCCCUCAGGAAGGAACGGGCUUCUGGUCUCUCCUAGCCCUGGCCCAGAGGGUCAUCUCCCCUCUACUGCCCAGGCCUGAAAGAACCUGGUACUUCAGUUCUUAAUUCUUUCGGAGCGUCCUUUCUCUCUUCUGCACACACUAUAAGCUCCACCUGCGGGUCAUUGUGCCACCGUCGUCCCAGGAGUGCCACUGACCCAAAACUUUUCCCACAGACCUCCCUGGCCUGCCUUGAGGCUUUCUGGUCAAUGCCUGGCAAGGCUCCGACCCUGUUGGGCCAAAGGCUCUGCCAUUCAUUUCCCUUCCCAACCAUCUGCACAGAUCCACCCAGCUGCCUGGAGUCCCCAAACUCGGACACAAUUUCUGUCCUUUUGCCAGAAUGAUUUUUUUAAGUCUUUUCAAUUCAGUAGCCCUCUGGAAAACUCUGUUCCCAAAAAGGUGAUCAGCAGGAUGCUAAGAUGGUUGACUCUUCUUUGGGUCACAGCCACCUUCCUCUUGCCUCCCAACUGGAUCUGGCUUUCCCUGGAGGCUGCCCCUUGGAGACAAUGGCGUGUUGGAGGGGCCUGCUUUUCUCAGUCUGUCUCAGUAUUGGUGUCAGGACCCCUCUGCUUCUGGCUGCCUUGAUCUGCACUCUGCCAAGACCCCGUGUUCUCAGGCCACAGUGCAGACCAGGGAAGCAGUAGGGACCCUGAAAACCUUCCUUCCCCUGCCAUGCUCCUCACCCUCACCCCUAUUCCCUCGCUGCUACGUGGAUGCUGUUGUGAUUGCAGUUUGUGUAUUAAAGGUUUUUAUAGUAAAUGUUUGGUUGGUCUGAAAAUAAAAAGCACUUCAUCUAGA